GAUGAGUGUAUGGCCUAAAAUAAUCAUAAAUAGCUUUCUAAUCUCAAAAUUGGUUUUUUAUAAAAUUAUUAUUGUCCAGGGGGAUAUAUUACAAAAAUUUAAAUAACUUAAUUAAUCUUCUGAUUAGAAAUUUUGGAUCAAAUGCAUCUCAUGACAAAAUCU